AUGGUUGAAUGGGGCCGUCAUCAAAGACGGGCCGAUAUCACGGCCGUGACAGGCGGUGACUUCGUAAGGACGGCUGUUGUGUACGGCUCAUUGAACGAUGAGCGCGAAGCCCCGAAAGCACCCGCGGAAUCAGACGAGCAAGCGCGCGAUCUGGCGGAAGCAACGUCGUGA